GAGGACCCAGGCGCCCCCUGGCGGGCGCGGUGAAAGGGGCGGGGCUGUAGGCUGCGCACCACGCGCUGUCCCAGGUCGGAAACCAGUGCCCCGGGCAGCGAGGAGCGCGGCGCCGGGAUGCUGCGUGCAGGAGCACCAACCGGGGACUUACCCCGGGCCGGAGAAGUCCACACUGGGACAACCAUCAUGGCAGUAGAGUUUGAUGGGGGCGUUGUGGUGGGUUCUGAUUCCCGGGUUUCUGCAGGAGAGGCGGUGGUGAACCGAGUGUUUGACAAGCUGUCUCCCCUACACCACCGCAUCUACUGUGCUCUCUCUGGUUCGGCUGCUGAUGCCCAGGCUGUGGCCGACAUGGCCGCCUACCAACUGGAGCUCCAUGGGAUGGAACUGGAAGAACCUCCUCUUGUUCUGGCUGCUGCCAAUGUGGUGAGGAAUAUCACCUAUAAAUAUCGGGAGGAUCUGUCUGCACAUCUCAUGGUAGCUGGCUGGGACCAACGUGAAGGGGGCCAGGUAUACGGAACCCUGGGAGGAAUGUUGACCCGACAGCCCUUUGCCAUUGGUGGCUCUGGCAGCACCUAUAUCUACGGUUAUGUGGAUGCAGCAUAUAAACAAGGCAUGUCCCCUGAGGAGUGCAGGCGCUUCACCACAGAUGCUAUCGCUCUGGCCAUGAGCCGGGAUGGCUCUAGUGGGGGUGUCAUCUACCUGGUCACUAUUACAGCUGCUGGUGUGGACCAUCGAGUAAUUUUGGGCAAUGAGCUGCCGAAAUUCUAUGAUGAGUGAAUCUUCCUCACACUUCCCUUCCUUAGUUUGUAAUAAACUCUCUGGGAACAGAACCUGGUAUGGUCAAUGGGAAACAGGUGCUCAGGGAGAUGAAGCUGGGGGGAGGGGUGGGCUUCUUCCCUCCCAGAUGUCAGCACACCCUUUUUAUUCCUUUGUUCCCGGGUCUGAAACAUCCUUCCCAGAAGAAGGAGCGGGGGAAGUAUACUAGAAAGAGUCCUAUACAUGACAGGUCAUCAUGUACUGAGUGAUUCUGAAGUCUUAGAAAAAACAGAAAUUCUCAUUCUGAUGCCCAAGGGGUGAUGGUGCAAGUGAGGAGUUGAGAUUCAUUCCUUCAAGGCUAAGACUGAUAGGCAGAUACGACAACUACCACAUGAGAGUUAUCUAGAAGCACCAGCAAACUCGUGGAAAAAGAAAUUUCUUUCAUAAUGCAUUCAUUCACAGUAGAGACCAAUACAUGAUAAAUGCUUAAAUAUUUGGGGAACGUUUGUGAAUUUCAAAGAAUAAUAACAAGAACCAAAAGCUACAUUUACUGAGCCAGGCACUGGCUAACUGUUUAUGAACUUCAUCCCUUAGAAUCCAAACAAACAAGGAUAACAAAAAUCUUAUAUAGGUACUAUUACUACUUCUAUUUAAGAACAGAGGGAGACUUAGAAAGAGUAAGUCACUUGACCAAAGACAAAGCAAGUUCGAAAGCUGAGAUCUGGGAUUUAGUUUUACCCUAUGCCCUUACUUUAUCACCAUAUAAACUUUCCAUUCCCUCAGGCUUCAUAUAUCGUCUCCUCCUGGACAUCUGCAAGAAUUAUGCCACCACAUUAAUUGACACUUAGGAAGUGGGUACCAGAUGCCUGAGUAACACUAUUAAGCUGAGUUCUAGUCCUGUCUAUGCCAUGUACUUCCUGAUCGACGGACAAAUUAUUCCCCUUCUGUGAACCCUCAUUUCCUGUUCUGUCAAAUGAAGGUAUUGAGUGACUUCUUUUUUUUGUUAAAGAUUGGCACCUGAGCUAAGAUCUAUUGCCAAU